UGGAAAGUUUGGUAUUAAAAGUGAUGUUUUCGGCACCUAAUCCGAUGUAUUCAAAUAAAGAUUAUUUAAAUUGUAUAGAUUACGCAAAAAUACAUUAUGGAGGAAAACAUGUAAGAGAUGCUCCAUAUUUAAUUAUGGAACAUCCAUUUUGUAAUUCAGAUGUAUAUUUGAUAUACUUUCAUGCUAAAGAUGAAGAUAUGUAAACAGUAUAUUUUUAUUCUAUAGAAAUUAUGCUUAACAAUUUAUUUAUGAGAUCUAAUAAUAUUGUAAAUUCAACGCCAUCAUAUCAGAAUAUCCAGGUUAUGGAAUCUAUUAAAAUGUUAAUGCACAUGAUUAAAUUGUAGAAUAAGAUGCAAUUUAAUUGUUUGAUCAUAUUCAAGAUAAGUAUAAACUUAAAAAUAAUCAAAUCAUUGUUUUUGGAAGGUAUAAAUAUUAAAUUUAAAUUCAGAUCAAUAGGAACUGGUCCUGCUUUUUAUAUAAAUAGUUUAAGAUAAUCCAGAGCAGUGAUUGUACUUAGUCCAUUUACUUCUAUUAAAGAUGUUGCUAAAUAAAAAACCUUUGAAUGGAUAGCAAAUUUAAUACCUUAAAAAUUUGAUAAUUUAUAACGUGCUUAAUUUGCUAAAUCUCCAAUGUUAUUAAUACAUGGAGCACAAGAUGAUAUCAUUGAUAAAUCACAUACAGAAACAUUAUUUGACCAGUUUUAUUUUAUUCUAUUUUUUAGAUUGCCUAAUAAAGUGAAAAUUAAAUCUUAAAUAAAAAUUAGGCCAGACAUGACUCAUAAUGAUUUUAUAUUUGAACAUGAUAUCAUUACUCCUAUUUAAUAAUUCUUUCCUGAUCUCAGUAUACCAUAAAGAUUUAGAUAUUGA